AUGGCCUUCCAUCAUCAUUGGGACUUGACUAACCGUCCGUUUGCGACACAGCAAACCGCAAACCAAGGCCGCCCUUACGGCCAUGGCUACCUUCCGAAUGGCGCUGCCCCAAGUGGACCAACGCCUGGAGCUACUCCUCUACUUCCCAACCAAGGUCGCAUCAUUCAUCAAGGCAGCACGCGCAUCCUAUGCAUUGCCGACGUGAGAGGGAAUCUGCGCUCUUUGAACGAGCUGGCCGCAGAGGCUAGAGCCAAUAUCAUCAUUCACACCGGUGAUUUUGGUUUCUACGAUGACCACUCCAUUGAUCGAAUCGCCGAGAAGACCCUUCGUCAUGUCGCGCAGUACUCACCGUUGUUGAGCGAGAACAUGAAAAAGCAAAUCAGCCAAUCGGUCCCCUCACAACCCCUUAAAGAACGAUUUCCACGAGACCAACUUCCCUUGUCCGAGCUCCCCAUGUUCCUCAACAAGACCCACACUCUCAAUGUCCCGGUCUACACAGUCUGGGGUGCAUGUGAAGAUGUGCAAGUCUUGGAGAAGAUUCGGUCCGGAGAGUACAACGUCCAUAACCUUCAUGUCGUGGAUGAGAGCAUGUCGAGGCUGCUAGAGAUUGGCGGAGUUAAGCUUCGCCUUCUGGGUCUUGGUGGCGCUCUUGUCAUGCACAAACUCUUCGACAACGGUGAAGGACGAACGACAAUUGCGGGUGGCCAAGGGACGAUGUGGACAACCCUAUUGCAGAUGGGAGAACUUGUGGAUACGGCGAACCGAGUGUACGAUCCGACCGAGACGCGCAUCUUCAUCACGCACGCGUCUCCAGCACGCGAAGGUCUUUUAAACCAGCUUGCUGUGACGUUGAAGGCCGACUUCUCCAUUUCCGCGGGACUUCACUUCCGUUACGGCAGCUCGUACAACGAAUUCAGCGUCAACCCUACCCUCGAUCACUAUCGUGGCAAGCUGGCUGCAUCGAAAGCGUCCUUUAAUGACGUGUGGGAGACAGUUAAAACCGAGGUUGAACCCGCUAUCUCAGACAACGAUGCCCAGCAGCAGCUCCUGCAACUCGCCAUCGAAAUCAUCAGCAAGAUGCCCAGCGUUGCGAAUGGCGGAAACCCCUUCGGUGGACAAACCGGGCCUGGCCAGGUUGACGAGAGCGCAUUCAAGAACAUGUGGAACUUCAAUCUCGCCGAUGCUGCCUAUGGCUGGCUUGUCUUGGACAUCCAGGAUGGACGAAUCGGCACAGAAAUGCGGGCACAAGGCUUCAACUUCUCUCAUCGUGGCAAAGGAGGACACGGUGCCCCGGCCCAGUCCGCUCCUGCUGCUGCGCCCGUUGUUCCGGUGUCACAGCCGCGCGGCCAGCAAGGUCCGCCCCCCGCCCAGCAUGGCAGGCCGCAACAAGCGUCUCCUUCGCAACCUCGGGCUCCUGGCGCCCAGCAAAUGCCCCUCCGCCCAUCCCCGGGUCCGAAAGAUCAAGGGAAGCCGACAACCCCGCAACAGAUUGCGCAAGGUGCUUCCCCCGGACAAGCGUCCGCAACCCCACCUGCGACCGAGAAGGGUGAGGAGUCGAAACUGAAUGGUACCGCCUCAGGAGAACACGAGCCUCAGGGCAAGACCGAGUCGGCCCCCCGAGAGCUGCCCAAGAUCUUCGCCCUGUUCGUCCGCAAUGGAAAAGAUGAGGAAGUCCGCAACAUCGUUUCCGAAGUGGACCGUCCCAAGAUCAUCAAGAUGACCAAGGCCGGUAUGAGCGGCGCUCAUGUCCUGCAUUUCAGCUCGGUGGAGGAGACCACCGAAGCGCUUGAUCGCAUCCCCGAGGAAUUCAAGCGAUCUGGAGGUGACGGCAAACCCGCCUUCUCGAUCUUCCGGUCGGGAGGAUUCCCUCGCGGUUACGGCGGACGUGGACCCUCCGGAAGUGGCUAUCGUAGCGGAGGAGCCAGCGAUAGCGAAGGUGGACGUGGAGGACGAGGCGCGUUCCGAGGCCGCGGCGAUCGAGGCCGUGGACGUGGCCGGGGAGGUCGUGGAGGCAACUCGGCCAACAAAGAAGGAGGGAGCGCCGCCGCGAGUCCGGCGCCGACUGGCGGCGACAGCUAA